CUAUUUUGCCCCCCCUCUCUCGCUCCUCCGAUCGCUUUCUCUCACAACAAACCCCAAAGCAUAAAACCCAGAAAGCUCCUUAUUACGGUUUUAAUGACCGUACAGUUCGGGAACAACUGAUUUAGAGUCAAAUAAACAAUCUGGGUCUUUUCUUUUAUGCCGGAAAGUAGAAGGCUUUUUACGAAAAGACGGAGAAAUAAGCGAGAGUGAUGGGUCAGGCAUUUCGCCGAGCGACUGGUAGGCUUCGAUCGAUGGACCAAUCUCAACCCACAAAACCAAGAAGACCUUUGGGUCCCACCGAUGAACAGAAGAUAUCCAGAGUUUCACAGCAUGAAAAUCUUGAUCAUGCAAGUGUUGCAAGAAGCAAUCCUGAGAAUGUAUUGGAAGAAAGAGAUCCCAAGUAUGAUGCAAUGCUAAGUCAAAUGGUCGGUAGGAUUUCAGCUAAGCCUGGUGGCAAACUUGAGAUGGGUGAGGCUUUUGUGGCUGAAAAUCCUAGCAGGCCUUUGCCAAAAUUGCGGAACACAACGGUUGAGUCAGGAAGAUAUGAAGAAAGGCCUGCACCUCCGGGAACCUUGAAUGUGAAACAGCUACGUCACAUCAUGCUUUUACAUCAGGGCAAGGCCGAUGAUCAUGAAGGUCCUAUGGAUGUUAACCAGAUUGCGGAGAAGUUCAAACUGGAUGUUGCUCAGGUCCAAACGAUCCUGCAAUUCAUAUCCAUUCCCCCAGAGGACAACACUAAACCGGAAAAACACUAAUAGAGACCACUACUGACUUCCAUUUCUUUUGAAACUACAAAUUUGGGUUUCCUGUUGAAUAAAGUGCCGGUACAUUUCAGGAGAAAAUUUUGAAGUUUUAUCAUUUGACAAAGUGGUUUAUAUUCCUCUGCAUGUAGAGGGGAACAAUUUAGAAUGGUUGUGAUGUUCACUAUGAUAAAUAUAUUGUAUGAUGAAUUUUUUA